UUUACAGAUCAGCAUCACUUCUACCUGGCUUUGGACAAUCGGAUGAUUGUGGAGAUGCUACGAACUGAGUUGGCCUACCUCACAUCCUGUUGGAGAAUGACUGGAAGACCAACUCUCACUUUCCCAAUCACCAAUACAAUGCUUGUUGAUGAUGGGACUGAUAUUGAUCCCGCAAUUCUUGCCACCAUAAGAAAGCUCGGAGAUGGAUAUUUUGGAGGAGCAAGGGUGAAGUUGGGCAAACUUUCAGACUUUCUGACCACUUCAUUCUAUACAAACCUGAGCUUUUUGGAUCCUGAUUGUGAUAGCAAACUGUUUGAUGAUGAGAGCGGAGGCUACUCUAGUCCCGAAAGUGGCUAUGAGCUGGAAGAUUAUGCAGACUUUUGUGAUAAAGAAAGCCAGGAUGAACUGGACCAGUAUAUAAACAGUAUGUUACAGAGCACUGCUCUGAAAUCAUAUUUACCUCCACUCACAAAAGGCACUGGUUCAUCCUAUGUGUUCAGUGCUGCUCAUUCUACCAGAGAAAUACUAUCAAUCAUGGCCAAGACUAAGGGACUGGAUGUUCCAAAUGUUUCAAUGUCUUUGCCUACAAAGGUUUUAAACACUCACCGGAAAUCUCUGAACCUUGUUGACUCCCCUCAUCCACAGAUAGACCAGGAGCCAAAGACUGUUCUUCGUUUGCCCAAGGAUGCUCAUGGUGAUUUGGAUUGUGAGAAGUUAGUUGGGCAGCUAACAGAAUGCCCUACUUUACAUGACCAGGCAGAUAUAUUAUACAUCUUGUAUCUAAUAAAAGGUCUUGAUUGGGAAACGCAGCUCUACGGCCAGUGCGGGGUCACAGUUCAUUGCCUUCUCAAUGAACUUUACAGCAAAGCAGGCCUAAACCAAGAAUGGGGCUUAAUCCGUUACAUCUCUGGCAUACUGAAAAAGAAAGUUGAAGUCCUGGCUGAGGCCUGCACAGAUCUUUUAUCCCACCAGAAACAACUUACAGUUGGCCUCCCACCUGAGCCUCGUGAAAAAACAAUUACAGCGCCUUUGCCUCCUGAAAAGCUGACCAAACUAAUAUAUGAAGCCAGUGGCCAGGACAUCAGCAUUGCAGUCCUUACACAGGAAAUCAUAGUGUACUUGGCCAUGUAUGUCCGGUCACAACCUAGUCUCUUUGCAGAAAUGCUCAGACUCCGCAUUGGGCUCAUUAUUCAAGUGAUGGCAACAGAACUUGCUCGCAGCUUGAAUUGUUCGGGUGAAGAAGCCUCUGAAAGCUUAAUGAAUCUGAGUCCCUUUGAUAUGAAAAACCUCCUUCAUCAUAUUCUCAGUGGGAAAGAAUUUGGAGUCGAAAGGAGCAUGCGUCCUCUCGAUUCCUCUACAUCCAGCCCUGCUAUAUCUAUCCAUGAAGUGGGCCACACUGGAGCGACAAAGACAGAAAGAAGUGGCAUUACAAGGCUGAAGAGUGAGAUGAAGCAGAGACAUAGGAGACUAAGUAGUAAUGAACAGUUCUUCUAUGGGGGCCAUUCCACAUCCAGCAGCAUGCACUCAUCCAGGUCCAUGAGAUGCAGUAGCCCAUCUUCUCCUACUAGUACAUCGUCCCUUACUGGGUCAGGUGGACACUCCAUUAGCUGGGGUGACCGACAAGGACAGUGGCUUCGCAGGAGACGACUCGAUGGUGCCAUUAAUAGAGUCCCUGUGGGAUUCUAUCAGAAAGUGUGGAAGAUCCUUCAGAAGUGUCAUGGUCUGUCCAUUGAUGGGUAUGUCCUUCCAUCUUCAACCACAAGGGAGAUGACUGCAUGUGAAAUUAAGUUUGCUGUCCAUGUGGAAUCAGUGCUGAACCACGUACCCCAGCCCGAAUAUAGACAAUUAUUAGUGGAGGCCAUCCUUGUACUGACCCUGUUGUCAGAAAUAGAUGUGAACAGCAUUGGAGGUAUAAUUCACGUGGAUCGGAUUGUGCACAUAGCAAAUGACCUCUUCCUUCAGGAACAGAAAUCCCUGGGAGCAACCGAUGGCUUCUUGGAACAAGAUGUAGGCACGGGUAUCUGUUACUUUUUCUAUGACAGUGCUCCAAGUGGUGCUUAUGGCACCAUGACUUACCUAACAAAAGCGGUAGCUAGUUACCUCCAUGAAUUUCUUCCAAGCACAGGCUGCCUGAUGCAAUAAACUAUCCAAAAUACAAACAUCCACUCUCAAAGCUUUUUCCCUGGAACCAUAAUUUCUCAAGGCCUCAAUGGCUAGAAAUUCUGGAAGUUGAGUCCCAGUACGUUUAGAGACUGCUCGGGAAGGCUGUCCUAUAGCUCCUCACGCUACCUCAACAUUACCUGCAUCAUUUUACCAUUGACAUAAGGCAUUGGCCUAGAAGCAAGACCAAAGGCACAAUUUUGUGCAGAUCUCCUGCAGAGCAUUGUCUGGAUCACCUUGGACUCAGGUACCUGCAAUUAAUCACUGUCUUAUUGGUGCAGGGAAAAAAAGGCUAAAUUUAAUUUCAAGGGAGGGAAGUAGCUUUCUAGCACACACGCACACACACAAACCUGCUGCAGGUUCUGAGUUUUGCAUUGUUGGUUUAAUUUAAGCAUGGCAAUAUUAGAUUUGAACUAUGAUCAGCACUUCAUUUCUCAUAAUAAAAUGAGUCCUAUUCUUCUGCAUUUAUGCAGAGGAGGAGCACUGUUAAAGCUAGUAUGAACCUAAGCUGAAAUUAAUGGGCAAUAUUUCCUGGAGAGGAGUGCUUGUAUCAGAGAAACAGAGAAGGAAAUGAGCAUCAACAGUUUAUUUGAGAGUACUGAAGAAUGAAAUCUAAAAGGUAAUAAUGCAGUGAAAAAAGAAGCAUUUCUAGCCACCAAACCCAUGGGUAGAACAUCUGCCCCUAUAUGAUAAUUGGCUGAACAGCUAGAUAUGAUGCUUUAAGACAUAUCUGUUAUUAAUGUUUUACUGGGAGACCAUGAGUUAGGCACAAACCCAAUUGGGUGACCUUGGGCCUGUCACUCUCUCUCAGCCCUAGGAGGCAA